CACAUUCCUCUCCAUCUCUCUCUGUCUCUCUCGGCCCAAUUGGCCCACCUUCCUUCUCUCUCUCCCUUGUCUGAAAAUGACAAAUCAAAAACUAAUCAGAAUCAUCAGAAAGGAAAAAGGAGGAGAGGCACAAACACCAGAGCGAUUCUCUGCAUCUCUCCCUAACGAAAUCAUGGCGGACAAGGGUCGACCAUUACCAAAGUUUGGUGAAUGGGAUGUCAAUGACCCUGCAUCAGCUGAGGGAUUUACAGUUAUCUUCAACAAGGCUAGAAAUGAGAAAAAGACAGGUGGCAAGGUUGACUCACCAGGGAGAAAGGACCCCACAUACAAGCAAGGGGCUGUUCUUGGAAAGCCUCAAUCUCAGAAAAAAUGGUUUUGCUGUAUACAAGCUGCUCAUGCAGACUAAAGAGGUGGCUCUUACAGCGUAAGAGCUUCCAAAAGAAAGGAUUAAUUAUCUACACCAUGGCCAUGCCCAUUAGCAAUGAUCCAGAAGACUGGAGCUGUAUGAGCAAAGCUAUGAUAGGUCCUGGUGGAAUGUGUUAGUUGCCAGUUUGAGCAAUGGCGAUGAUGUGAGCGUGGGACGAGAGAAGAAUGUAGUUUUAUGUUUAUGUGCACUGCUGGGUUGUUACUUGCAUAUUUUUUGCUCCCUUGUUUAUUCAAAUAUGUUAUGUUAUGGGUUGACACUAUUGUUUGUGACAUUUGUAAUGUAAUCUGUAUUAAUUUUUUGGGUGGACCUGAUUUUCUUGUGUGUACCUUCAUAUAUCUAAUACUAAAUCAAACUCUCCCUUUUCUCAAA